UCGGAGCACCUGGAGGUCGGGGCGUUUUUGUGUGAGGGGCUCUCCGCCACCAUGAGCGCGCUUGGCUUCCCUCACUCACCGUCUCCUCCCGGCGCGCGACUCAGCAGUCACAGCCGCGUCCUAAAACGCGACUCAGGCGAGCAGUCGGGAUGUGAGAAUCAAACUCAAAGUUAGGCUCUGGAUGCCGGUUGCUGUAUCACACUUGCUGCGCUCAAGCUGAAACAGGAUGACCCUGGAUGCUGCCUACUACUCGCCUACUGCCAAUCCCAGAGAAGCGGUUUCUCACUGGACUUGAAGUUUUUUUGCCCAAUCUUUUGGUUCAGAAAACAUGCCAAGAUUUGUCCAGAUGUAUACACCCAUUUGUCUAUUGCAUCUAUAAUGCAACAGUAUUUUUAUACUGGCUACAUAAUAACAGUUUUAACAUUUUCAAGAUGGAUUACCUGAUUUCAGCACAGUAGGUUUGUCUGCAUAUAUUAUACUUCUCUCAGUGUUUUCUGCAUGCAUCCUGUAGUUUUAUUUUUCUUGAUGCAUCACCAAUGUAAUGGCUCAUUUGCCAGAGGCACCAUCAUUCAAAUUAUGUUUUGACAAGACAGACUUAAUGUGAUCAUUACUCUAAUGGCUUUUAUGAGAAUGCCCUGAUGUCCUUUUUCUGCUGUAGUGAACUUUAAUAGGUGUGUGUCAGAGUCUACCUUAGCUGCGCAGGACAGUGUCGAGCACCAGCGUCGAAUUGGAACUGAUGGUUCCUGUGCUGGACAAUAUGACCCCAGCUCCUCUGACACAGAACUGCUCCAACUGCAGCCAGGUUUUAGUCCCAGAGCUCAACGUGGUCAAAGCUGUGGUUCUGGGCUUGGUGCUUGGCGUCUUCAUUGUGUUUGGAGUUGUUGGAAACAUACUGGUAAUCCUCUCGGUAGUUUGUCAUCGACACCUGCGGACAGUCACACAUUAUUUUAUAGUUAAUCUGGCAGUGGCAGAUCUGAUGCUGAGCUCCACUGUACUACCUUUCUCUGCCAUUUUGGAGAUUCUGGAUCGUUGGGUGUUUGGACGGGCCUUUUGUAAUGUUUGGGCAGCUGUUGACGUGCUCUGCUGCACUGCCUCCAUCAUGAGCCUCUGUGUGAUCUCUGUGGACCGCUACAUUGGAGUCAGUUACCCUCUGCGUUACCCAGCUAUUAUGACAAAACGCAGGGCUCUGCUGGCAGUGAUGCUGCUGUGGGUGCUGUCCAUCAUCAUAUCUAUCGGACCUUUGUUCGGCUGGAAAGAACCGGCUCCAGAGGAUGAGUCCAUCUGCAAGAUCACAGAGGAGCCUGGCUACGCCAUCUUCUCCGCUGUGGGCUCCUUCUACCUCCCCUUGGCCAUCAUUCUGGUCAUGUACUGUCGGGUUUAUGUGGUAGCUCACAGAGAGAGCCAGGGCCUGAGGGAGGGCCACAAGACAGAGAAGUCAGAUUCAGAGAGGGUGAUACUCAGGAUACACAGAGGCAACACAACCGUCUCAGAGGACGAGGCCCUUCGCAGCCGCACGCAUUUUGCCCUGCGACUGCUCAAGUUCUCACGUGAGAAGAAAGCCGCCAAGACCUUGGGCAUUGUGGUUGGCUGCUUUGUCUUGUGCUGGCUGCCAUUUUUCCUGGUGCUACCUAUUGGCUCGAUGUUUCCCGCAUACAGACCUUCUGACACAGUGUUCAAGAUCACCUUCUGGCUCGGUUACUUCAACAGCUGCAUCAACCCCAUCAUAUACCCGUGCUCCAACCAGGAGUUUAAAAAAGCUUUCCAGAGUUUACUUGGAGUUCACUGUUUGAGAAUCACUCCCAGACCACACCAUCAUCAUCUGAGUGCAGGUCAGAGUCAAACGCAAGGUCACGGCCAGCCCCUUACUCUGGGCCUGGACAGCAGGGGGGCUCCAUGUCGGCUCAGUCCCUCCUCCUCCAUGGCCCUGUCCAGGACCCCUUCCUCCAGGGACAGCAGGGAGUGGAGGGUCUUUUCUGGAGGCCCCGAAAGCAGAUCUGGACCGGCGGAGACGAGCAGGGCUAAAGUAGCCAAACUCUGCAAUAAAAGCUUCCACCAAACCUGCUGCUGCAUCCUCAGUGUCAGAACUCCCCCGCAGGAGUCAAACUGCGCCCAGCCCCCUCCUGUCGGAAAUCUUCCCACCAUAAAAAUCCACCAACUGUCCCUGUCGGAAAAAGGAGAGCCUGUAUAACCACUGUAAUCCUUCAUCCAUUAGUCAUGACUCUCCUUUCAAGGUCACAGAUGAGAAUAUAUCACCUUUUGCUCUGCUAAUGUCACAAAGGAUGAGCUGUGUUGGAAUGUCUGCUUUGAUAUUUAAAUGUGAAAUAUCUCAGUUUUUUCAUUCUGUGAUUUUUCAUGGAUGUAACAUGGUAAAAAAAAAAAUCUUCCAAAGAAAUAUUACUAUACUGUAUGUUGCCCCUUUAAGAGGACAGUUUGUUAGCUCUCUGAAAUCAAACUACUGCAAAAUACAGCUUGGGAGAUUAUUCAGGAUAUUACUGACAUAAUUCUAUCUUUUUUAAAUCGUAACAAUAAAGUAAAUGUAUACUAACAUUUUGGAAAAGUGUAGAAAAAGAUCCUGUAAGCACUCCUCUGAGGUGGACCAAAGGACAAGAUUUGUAGAAAAAGCUGUGAAAUCAUUUCCUCAAGAGGACCAAAAGAUUUCUAGAUGUUUACAUAUUUUACAUAACAGAGAAGUAUUUCAAAUGUAUAAAAAUGUAAAUAGGAAAAAGUUUAUAUAUUGCAUGAUUUAACAAGAUGUUUCACAAAUGCCGGCCAGUGGUGCUCCUGUCGUCUCCAAAGUUUGCCUAAUGCUGUUCCUGUUGUCAAAAUGUUGUUUGUGUACUGCUCUGUACACAGUAAAAACCAAGGGAUCUUGCGUACUUCCAUGUCACAUUACAAUAAAUUUGUAUGACAUAUUCCUAACAAGGGAUUC